AAAAUAGCAUUGCGAAACGCGGUUCUUUUGUAAAAUGUAUAUUGUAGUUAAAUGAUUUAUUGUGGUAGAUUUUUACUUAAACUACAUUAAUUGUACAAUGUAAAUAAUCUUUGACUAUACCAGCAAUAAAUCACAACUAUUACAUUUAAUGUAGCAUGAAACUGAAAGAUUUUUUACAGUGUAUUUGACUGGCAGGAAGUAAACUUUAUCAGUAUUUCGUAUCUUUGUUUGACGUUUAACGAACCUUACUUAUAUUUGUUGUGCUCCGUUGACUGUGCUAGUUUUAUCACUGUUUCACUGAUAAUAACGUACGAUCGAAACAUAAUAAAGUUAUAAAAUAAUGUUAAAGGUAGCAGCAGAGUAAACGGGAAGCAAACUGUAUAUUUUCAUAGCAUAAAAUGUUUGAUAUAAAGGAAUACUGUAAGAUAAGGGAGCAUUGAUAUAUAACUAAUAUAAUUUAAACAACAAACAACAAUAUGGAAGUGGAUGACACUACAGGGGGAUCAGCGGAUGAUCAUUGUGAAGAAAUAAUCGCACCUUCUAUAGAUCAUAAGAUUGACCACAGUGAUGACGUUAGUCACGUAAAGACAGACAGCUGUCUUCUCGAAAAUACAAAGAAAUCUCAUUCACAAGAAAUGGCAGGUGAACGAAAGAACAACAAGGAAUUUGAAGCAUUCAAAGAAGAUUUCAAAACAUGGAGAAAGAAAUACAAAGUUACCAAAACGAAUAUCGAGGAAGAAAUAAAAAAUGUUGCAGUUGCAAAAAUACACGUCAUCAAAGACAUCAAGCGAUACAAAAAAGAAAUAGUUCUAAGGUUAGAUGAACUUGAAAAACAGUCUGUAGAGUUAGUAAAUGAAAGAUGCCAAAAAAUAAGUGACGAAAUGAAAGCGUUAGUUGAUAAAAUAGAUCAAAUUAUUAUCAAAAUUGACAAUUCGCUGACGCAUUUCAAACCUGAUGAUGAAGAAAACACAAGCAUGGGGAAAAAGCAGAUAAAAUAUAUGCGUGAAGAACUUUCUAAUAUAUUGUCCAACGUCCAAAAGUUUGAAGGGGUAAGCAUUUGUUUUGAUAAAGACAUAAAACUGUACAUGGACAGAUUGACAGGACUGGCAAAGAUCAAUCUUCCUAGUCAAACAAAACUGGCGAACGAAGUAGAUAUCAGAUUUGAGAGUGACGCCGAGACUUGCGGUGUAAGUGAUAUAUGCACUCUCUCUGAUGGUACAGUUGUAAUGACUGAUCUAUCAAAUGACCGAGUUAAACGGCUUGACGAGUCUUACGGUAAGAAAGAAUAUUUGCAGUUAGAUGGAGGUCCUUUGGGUAUUUGUGCCACAAAAUCUGGCCAAAUGGCCGUCACACUUAGAGAUAGAAAAGCGGUGCAAUUUCUGACCUAUACGCCAUCAGGCAUGACUUUGGCAAAAUCUUUCAAAACAGACUGUUCAUGCAAUUACAUUGGUUAUAUGGAUGGGGCCUUAUUUGUGACUUGUGAAAGGGAGGACAAUGGACAAGGUCAUGUCAGAACAUACGACAUGUCUGGUAAACUACUUCGUGUCAUUGAAACUGACAACACAGGCAACAGACUGUUCACAACUCCCCUACAUAUAACAGUUAACUCAGACAAGACAAAGCUAUAUAUAACUGACAUGGACAAUAAGAUUUUAAUCAUUGACAAAAAUGCAACGAAGACGAGACACAUAACCUUAGACAAUGCAUUUGGUUUAACAGCUUUACCAAACGAUAAUAUUUUAGUAUCGUCUAUUGAAGCACACAAUGUGUGUCAGUUUGACAGCAGAGAUAGGUUUGUAGGGACAGUUAUAAAGAAAGACAAUGGUAUAGUCAAUCCCGUUUGUCUAGCUUACAACAGAUUUCGCAGUCAUGUCAUUGUAAGCUUGGACGACGCCGACACUUUAAUGGUCUUUGAGGUUUCAUUCACUUAAAUAUGUUACAUGUGUAUUUGAAAUAUCGUGAUGGUUUUACCAAACCACUGGUUGAACACUGUGUGACGUUCGUAAGCUUGAAUUACAGUUUUCACUUUUUAUCACACUGUUCAGCAGUUGUAAUAUCCUUUUAAUUUGAUUAGUUCUGCACUUGAGUGCAUCUAUUUUAUCUAUUUUUUUUUCAAUUGAGAUAUCUCACAUGCGUCAAGAGAUGGCAUCAGGCGUCAUAUAUUUAUCAUUUCAACCCAUAGUAUAAAUGAAAUUAAACUGCAGUGAACUAGUGAGUAGUUACUAAGACAUAUGAAUAACACAAAAGUGUUCCAUGGGAAAGUUGAAACUUUUUGUAUGAAAAUUGAACAAUGAUGAUUGAUAUUUAUUUUACUGUAAAUUAUCGUUAAAGAUACGUAUAUCGUUGAUGGGCCUUUAUGUAGAAGAAAUGGUUCAAAGUAUAAGUUUAGCUUUACAAUGUGUUUCUAGUGCUUGAUGCGCGUGCAGUUCGUAAUGUACAUGUUUUAUAUGUGUGCAUAUUUUAUGUGUACAUUAAUUAAGACGAAAUUAGUUGUGCAAAGAUAGAAGCCCUAUCAUAGAAAAAACUGUGACACUAUUUUCAGGUGUAUUGAGCUUAUCUUUCUUUGUAGACAUUCUUAAGUGAAUGAUAUGAACUGAGACUUAUUCGUGAGAUCUAUUAUUAUUGUGUUAUACAACAUGUAAUAUUUUGAUUGAGAACAAGUUAAAUUAAGUGUGCCUUGUAUAUAAAUAUUGUGUACUAUUUUCUGAUAACCUGUAUAUAUUGAAAUUGUAAAUAAUGCAUGUAUUAUAAUUUCGAAAAACCUUAAUUUAAGCAAAUGUCUCCUCUCUAAGAGUAAACAAACACAGGAAUUCAUAAACACAUUACUUUAGAUAAUCUUGAUUUUGAAAUAUUAUACUUAAGUAUUAGAUAAGGGGUCAACUUGUAUUUAAACAAGCCAACAUUAUAUAUAAUACUUAUUUUUGUGAAGCAAUGUUGAAAAAAGAGACAGAUGGUAUAAAGAAUUAAAUGUGAGUCAUGUCAGAUAAAUAUUUGAGCCGCGUCACGACAAAACCAACAUAGUGCGUUUGCGACCAGCAUGGAUCCAGACCAGCCUGCGCAUCCGCAGGCUCUCAUUUUCUCUACUUGGGCGAACAGCAUGGAUCCUGAUCAGACUGCGCUGAUGUGCAGGCUGGUCUGGAUCCAUGCUGGUCCCAAACCCAUUAUGUUGGUUUUGUCAUGACACGGCUCAAAUAUUUAAUCAAAAUCAUACAGUAUUUAUUAAAUUUUGUUUAUACAUGUAUAUAUAAGCACCAUCAUAUUUUUGAGAACUGCUACUCUAUAAAAGUCCAGUAGCGAACUUUCGCAUAAGUAGUUACGAACGUGACCAUGGAAAUAAUUUGUAUUAUAUUGUAUUAUAUUGUAUUUUGUUAGGUUUUGAUAAAGGUAUAAUAUAAUACUGAUUGUAGUUAUCAAUAAAAAUAUAUUAUCUUUUUGUAUAUGGGAUGCAAUGUUUUUCGAAUGCAUCAAAAAUACAAAUAUAAACUUUACGCCAGAUAAACUCUCUACAUGUAAAAUAUCAUCUGCAUAAUUAUUUAAUUAACAACCUAUUUUUGCUCAAUCAUUUAAAAACUUUAAAUAGUAAAUACAUUAUAUAUACAUACAAAAUAGGUUUGAAAUAAUGCAAUGGGAGUUGAAACUGUCUUUCACAAAGUUUGCCAUAAGAAAGUCGAUAAAAAGUUUGUGUAUUUUUUCAAGUACUUAGAGUCAUAUAUCCAAAACAAGUGACGUGUUUCAUUUUUGUUCAUAAAUAUAGCGUGUUACAUAGAAUAAUCAGAGUUUCAGGUAGCUAUGUUGGUUCACAGUGAUAAUAUUUUACAUGUUUAUAUUCAUAUCGAUUUAUUUUUCUUCUCAUGUUUUAAAGUAUUAUACUCGUAUACAUUGUACUCAUAUUAUUUAAGUAUUGUUUGAAGUUUUAUCUUACUUAUAUCGUAAAUGCAUCAUCCAGUUUAACAUCAAAAUAUUGAAAUACAAAUCAAAAGGUCGGCAAUAACUGUUACUAAAUCGGUUUUGCAAGUCGAUGAUUGAAAGUUGAAACUUGAAUAUAUUUCAAACAGUAUGUCAUUUUACCGGUGAAAUGUUAUCAUGUACGUAUUUACUUCCUUAGUCGUCACAUGUUACAAUAGUGGCCAUAAUUCAAAUAGAUUUAUAUGGUAUCAAAUAUAGAAUUUUUAGAUAUAUUUUGUGUACUAUAAACUUACAGGAAUACUUGUAAGACAUUGUAAUAUUUGAAAAUUCAAUCAUGCUGCCUAGUAGUAAUGUUUGUUAGUCAUUUUUUAUAAAAAGUUAGAUGACCAUAAAUUGAAAAAUCAAAAAGUUUUAUUUAACUUCAUAGAGGAUGUCGUUGGUUAAAUUAUGUUUGUAACAUAAACACAUUUUUCAUGAAAUAAACAUUUUAUCAACUUUAA